GAGGUGCUGGAUGAAAUUGUCGAGUUCUAGCUAUAUCGUCCUGUCUCGAGAACAGUCACAGAUCGGAUUGUGCUCGAGGUAGCACAUUCUCUUCUGUCUCCAGUGUGGAGAGACCAGCGAGUCGCGCAGAGAGGUGGGAUUGAACCAGUCUAUUCAUGUUCCACCAAGUUUCAUCCGUCGGUGUUCUUUUGCCCUGUGACAGACACUUUCUUGGAUUAGAUUGUUGAGACGACGGAAAGGUGGGGCUGAAGCAAGUCAGGAGGGAAGGAACGUUGGGAAGGUUGGUUCAGCGGGGCAAGAGGGAGCGAUGGAGACUUCGUUGAGAUAUGGCGUGGAAGAGAAGCAGCUCUUGCUGCAUGCGAAAGAGAACUUUCUGCUCGAUAAAUCGUUCUAUCUUCAGAUUCACGGAAAGCUCAAUACGCACACAGGAGCUGCAAGUGGAAUAACUCAAGUGAAGAAGAAAUUCUUCCCGGAGCUGCUGACGAGCUUAGACGUUGGGGCCAAGUUUGACUCUAAGCCUUACGAAAUUACUUAUGACGUCCAAGGAAAGAAGACUCUUCCUCUUACUGACAACGGGUUGCUGAGCAUUGACUUGAAAGGAGGCUACAACUUCAAUCCCGGAACCAAGGUGGGAAAACCCCGGGGAGUUGUGGAGUUGAGCUACAAGAUUUUCAAUUUUACUGAGGAUCAAGACUUGAAAAUCAAAGCAGGCUACAACCUUGUUAAGCAGAAACCAUAUUUCCAGAUUAGGGAGAACAACUGGACACUGAAUGCUGACAUGGCGGGAGGCUGGAGUGUAAUCUACGACUUGUGAGCGGGUCAGGACUUUGAUGCCCUCCUGAUGUAUUAGGGCUUGUAAUUAUCUCUCAGAAUGCCAUCCAAUAUGGGGUGCCACAAAAUCUAGAGAUUUUCAGGCGCAGAUGAAAGAUUAAAAAUUUAAUAGCUGAUCUACCAUGACUAGCGAGUAGUUCUUGAGGAAAACUGUCAAUUAGGUUCGACUCUGCGCCAAUUGCGGCUGGUCAUGAAUUUAAUCGGAUUCCCUUUGUCAUUGGAAUCUGGAGAAUCAAAUGCUGAAGCAAGGCAUUCCUUUUACGAACCCUAUUUGCUCGUCUG